UAUCCUCGUGACGUGUGUGACAAUUUCCUUCUCUGAUAUUGAGAAUAAUUAAAAGAAAAAAUGGACUAAUGAUUGAUUCCCUGAUUAAUUAAUUUAUUCAUCAGUAAAGAACUCAAAUAAUGGCUCACUGUCAGCCCUUGAUAACUCGCCUGAUGGCCUCAACGGUGAGUGCAGUGGUUCAGGCUGGAAAAAUAAUUCGGGAUGUGAUGAACAAAGGCGAGCUGAAUAUAGUGGAAAAAGGUAAAAAUGAUCUGCAGACAGAGGCAGACAGGUCAGCCCAGAAUUGCAUCAUUGAGUCCCUCAGCAGGCAGUUUCCAGGAGUGACAAUAAUCGGUGAGGAGGGCACCUCCAGGUGUGAAGUUCCACCUCACUGGAUUGUCACGGAUAUGGACCAGGAAAUCCUGAAUGUCAAACUGCCAGAACACCUGGAGAACAUCGCCCCCAAGGACAUUUCUGUCUGGGUCGAUCCUUUGGACGGUAAAAUUUUGAUUUUUCCGAUUUUUAUUCAAAUUCAUAAUGGAAAUUAUUCUUCAGGGACUUCUGAGUUCACCCAGGGCCUCCUGGACCACGUGACAGUCCUCGUUGGAGUGGCAGUGGGAGAAAAAGCUGUUGGAGGAGUCAUUCAUCAGCCUUACUCGAAAAAUCCGAAGACAUCGUCUCUGGGGAGGACAUUGUGGGGCAUCGAAGGGGUCGGAGUGGGUGGAUUUAAUCCCCUGUCACCUCCACAGGACAGGAGAAUCAUAACAACCACUCGAUCACAUUCCAAUAAAACUGUUCAGGCAGCUCUGGACGCAAUGUGUCCUGACGAAAUUCUCCGGGUUGGAGGUGCUGGCCACAAAGUGGUACUCCUGCUCGAGGGGAAGGCCCACGCAUACGUUUUUGCUAGUCCUGGCUGCAAAAAAUGGGACACCUGCGCACCUGAGGCCAUUCUCAGAGCUGCAGGUGGAAAUCUCACUGAUUUGCACGGGAACUUAUAUCCUUAUGACUCCAAUGCCCCCCAUCCAAAUGCAAAAGGUGUCCUGGCAACAGCUCCAGGGGAGAAUCACGCGUUUUACAUUAGUAAAAUUCCUGACUCGGUGAAACAAGAGCUUUAGUGGAACAAUUUUGAAUAAAAUCAUUUAUCUUCUGAAUAAAAUUGAAA